AUGAUUACCAUUGAUGAGGAUUGCAAUUUGGAAGGGACUAUUGUGCCGGUCAAAAAAAAGGAAAAGGUUAAAUCGUCGGCCUUUAUUGCUCCCGUAAUCACAGUCCAAAUGAGGGCACCAAUUGAAGUGGAAGUGCUUACCCCAAGGCCUAGGAUCACAGCCGUAGUUGCUCAGACACCUUCUUUCAACACCAAAGCAAUUCCUUGGAAUUAUCAGUCUGAUGAAAGGAACAAAGCAAAGGGAAAAUUGGUUGUAGAAACUGUUGCUGCUGGAUUGACUAGAUCUAGGCGGUGUUAUGCCCCCGAAGAGGUAGCACGACGAGCACCGAGUAAAGAAAACGGCCAAAAGAAGGUUGUGACUGAGGCUGAAGUCGAAGAAUUCUGGAGGAAAAUGCCGACUAAGGAAUAUUCUGUGGUCGAACAACUCAAGAAAACACCAGCUCAAAUUUAUUUAUUGGCAUUGUUGAUGAAUUUUGAAACUCAUAGGAACGCUUUAGUGAAGGUACUGAAUGAAGCUUAUGUUCCAGCUGAGACCUCUAGCGAGAAACUUUCAGCCAUGGUUGGAGAAGUCCUCGAAGCCCACAAAGUUUCUUUUCAUGACGAUGAGUUGCCACCUGAAGGUUUGGGGCACAACAAGGCAUUGAACAUUACAGGCAGAUGCAGGGACAAAUUCAUUUCUAAGGUGUUGAUCGAUGGGGGUUCAGCUGUUAACAUAUGUCCUGUCACUACUCUCCGAGCCUUAGGAAUGGAUGUCGGGAAACUUCGCGAUAGUCACGUGAGAGUUAAAGGUUUUGAUGGAGCUCAAAAAGGUGUCGUAGGGGAGAUUGACUUAGCCUUGGAAAUCGGACCCGUGGAUUUCACGGUGGAAUUUCAAGUGAUGGAUAUAUCCGCCAGUUACAACUUGCUAAUAGGAAGGCCAUGGAUCCAUAUGGCUGGUGCAGUCCCUUCUACCCUACAUCAAAGUUUGAAAUUUGUCUGGAAUCGUCAGGAAAUUGUGAUCCACGGAGAAGGAAACAAUCCGAUCUAUCCUGAAAACUCAAUUCCUGUUAUCGAAAGUGUAGAAAGGCUAGAUGGAUCUAUCUUCCAUAUCAAGGAAAUCAUGUGUACUACUCAAGCUGAAAGGGUAAAAUUGCCACGUGUGCUUAUGAUGGUGGCAUGGGAAAUGUUGAAGAAUGGUUUCAAGCCUGGGCGAGGUCUCGGGAUGAACUUGGAUGGAAUAAUGGAACCAAUUCAGUUAUCCGAUCAGAAGGAUACUUUUGGUCUUGGAUACGAACCCACUCUUGAAGAAAUCUCAUUGGAUAGUCUCAAAAGAAAAGGUGAUAUUCCCUUGCCAAAGCCUGUCCCUCUCCUGAAUCAGUCAUUUUUCAAGGCAUCCGUCACCCAAGCAUCAGAGGAAGCUGUUGAAGACAACCUCGUGGAAGGUCUCAAGAAUCUAUUCAUUGUUGAGGAAGAAGCUGAAUGCAACGUGAUUCUAGAUGAUUGUCCUGGAACUCAAACUAUCUGGGAUGCUGAGCCUGGAGAUGUUUUGAACAAUUGGACUUGUACCCCGCCCCCAGUUCUCUGGGAGUCUUGGUAG